ACUACUUCCGAAAAAUAAAAUAGUAAACAUAACCACAAUUUCAUACUCAUAGUAUCAAACUGUAAACAAGUCUAGAUCUAGACUAUAAUCUUGAUUCUAUCUAAACAAUAACGCCCGGUCAAGGCAAAAAUGUCUCAUUCUUGCCACGGUCACAGCCAUGGAGGAGGACAUAACCAUGAUCAUGACUGUGAUGCAUGCUGUGCUGAAAAUUUAAGAGGACAAGAGUUUAAUCUAUAUCUCAGAAUAGAUAUGGAAAGUUUGACAUGUCUGAAUGAAGUGGAAGACGGCUCAGGGAAAACUAUCUUUCGAUCUUUUGAAGAUCGGCUAGAUAAAGAUAAAUUUGUAGCAAGUGAUGCUGAUGCUGAACUUUUAUUCAAUAUUCCGUUUACAGGCUCCAUAAAAUUAAAAGGAAUGCUUGUCAUUGGAGGAGAACGGGAAACACACCCAAACAAAAUGAGACUUUUUAAAAAUAGGCCUAAUAUGUCAUUUGAGGAUAUUCAGGCUAAAGCAGAUCAAGAGUUUGAUGUUCAUGUGGAUCAUGAUGGAGCCAUAGAAUACAAACCCAUAGUUGCAAGGUUUAGUGAUGUUCAACAUUUGUCCAUUCAUUUUCCAAGCAACCAUGGAGACUGUGAUAGAACAGAAGUGUAUUAUAUUGGUCUUAAGGGAGAUUACACAGAGGCUCGCAGACAUGAAGUCACUAUUACUGCCUAUGAAACACAAGCUAAUCCUGCAGACCACAAAACAAGCUCAUUGGACACAAUUGGUUAUAUGAUUUCAUAGUGUCAGCACUUUGUUUAUUCUCUCUUUAAAAUCUUGUUCUUUUCAAAGCUUAUUUUGUUUGAAUAAAAAUGCUCUUGUUAACUUG